AUGUUCUCCGUACCUAUCGUCGCGCCCUCAGCCAUCACCACCAACCUACUCAUGAUCGACGAGGAAGAAGUCGCAGCAGAGUUCACCGUGUUUGUGGAUUGGACAACUGCAACUAAGGAAGACUUACCAAAUCUCCUGGAUCUGGUCGAACCACCGUCAUCAGUUGUGGCCUCAUCAAAUUACCAGACUCUUACAUCACCGACAACCGCCCUCGUCAACAACGCUGCUACUUGGGAUCCAUGGUUAAGAUGCUCGCUACGAUCGCAACAAGUUCAAAGAGUUGCAGUCAUUCCCAUGAUUACGGAAAAGGGUAAUAAGGGAAGAAUUCUAUAUUGGAGGGGGAAAAAAAUCAAGUUGCUGAAGCUGUUGCCACGUUCCACCGUAUAUUCAAUUCCAAGCAGGAGUGUUACCAUUGGAGCUCCAUUCUCAGGGUGUUAUUCUCUUAAUUCGUCCCAUACGUCAAGUGAUUAUGCACGUUUGGGGAGAUUGGAAGGAUUAAGACAUGCACAAAGGCAAGGUUUGGAAUUUAAGAACCCAUAA